GGGAAGAAGGGGGGGAAAAGAAAAGAGUGACGAGGGAAAAGCAAUUCUAGGUUUGUUGGGGUUUUUUUUAAGGGAAAGAUUUAAAGGGAAUUUGGAAAGGGGGACCAAAAUUAAAGGGAGAAAAAAGUUUUAAAGUUAAAGGAAAGGAGGAAAAAACUUUACAGAGAAAAAUUCAAGAGGGAGCUAGUUUUUAUUUUGAAUUUUUUUUUUUAAGAGGAGGAAAAAAAAUAAUUGAGGGAGAGAAAAAACUACUAAUUGCGAAGGGCUUGAUCCGGGAGAACAAUACUCGCCGGGAAAUUUGCUGCGCGGCGGGGAGGGGAGCGGCGGGAGGAAAAUGCCGCAGCUGGGCAGCGGCGGCGGGGACGACCUGGGCGCCACGGACGAGAUGCUGGCCUUCAAGGACGAGGGCGAGCAGGAGGAGAAGAUCCCCGAGAACGCCUUCACCGAGCGCGACCUGGCCGACCUCAAGUCCUCGCUGGCCCUCCGGCGAGUGCAGGAUCCGCAGAGGGUGUACCAGGAGAAGCUCCCGGACCACAUGGAUGAUGCAGGUAUGAAACAUCAGGACCCAGGGAUGUAUAAAGGAUCUGCCUAUUCUGGUUACCCUUUCCUGAUGCUCUCAGAUCCGUAUCUGCCCAAUGGAUCCAUGUCACCUCUGUCCAACAAAGUUCCCGUGGUGCAGCCAUCGCACGGAGUGCACCCACUCACCCCGCUCAUCCCCUACAGCAACGAGCACUUCAGCCACGGCUCCCACUCCCCCCACCUGCCUGCUGACAUCAACCAGAAACAAGGAGUGCACCGUCCUUCCCAGACCUCAGACAUCCCUGGUUUCUACCCCCUGCCCCCCGGAGGAGUGGGGCAGAUCACGCCGUCGAUGGGAUGGUUCACUCACCCUCUGAUGCUGGGCUCUGGCAUGCACACCACUGGCAUCCCGCACCCCGCCAUCGUGCCCCACUCCGGCAAGCAAGAGAUGGAGCACUACGACCGAAACAUGAAACCUCAACCAGAACCAAAGAGAGAGAAGGAAGCCAAGAAGCCCACUAUUAAGAAGCCCCUGAACGCUUUCAUGUUGUAUAUGAAAGAAAUGCGGGCGAAAGUCAUCGCCGAGUGCACCCUGAAGGAGAGUGCUGCCAUCAACCAGAUCUUGGGCAGGAGGUGGCACGCGCUGUCCCGGGAGGAACAGGCCAAGUACUACGAACUGGCUCGCAAGGAACGGCAGCUCCACAUGCAGCUCUACCCCGGCUGGUCUGCCAGAGACAACUACGGGAAAAAGAAGAGACGAACACGGGAAAAGCAGCAAGAUUCCAGCUCAGAUCCUGCCUCUCCUAAGAAAUGCAGAGCUCGCUUUGGCCUCAACCAACAAACGGACUGGUGCGGCCCGUGCAGGAGGAAAAAGAAGUGCAUUCGGUACCUACAAGGAGAAGGACGCUGUGCCAGCCCAGUUUCUUCCGAUGGAAGUGCUAUAGACUCCCCUCCAUCCCCACCGGACGCACUCCGAUGCAUCCCCUCCGUCUUCCCGUCAGAGCAGCUCGCAGCCCCCGCCGACCCCGCGUACCGCGACCAGCCCGACCCCUGCCCCGUGUCAGCGCACCUCCCGCCCGCCUCCGGCCCCUCCAGACCCGGCGCCCGGCGCUCCUCGGCGCCCCCCGCCUACAGCCGCGCCUCCUCGGGGACAUAGUCCCUGCCGGCCGCUGGCCACGCCGGGCACUCCGCUCGCCCGCCUGGUUCCGCUGCCCCCGGACGAGGACCAGAGGCACAGCCAAAUCCCCAUCUCACUGUAAAACAUGCAAAGUUUGGCGACAGGAUGACUUAAGGAUGAUGGAAAACUCACUUGGUUGGGGUUUUUUUGGAGGGGAGGGGUGAUUAAGAUAGAAAAGCAAUUAAAAAAAAAAGGUAAAAAAUAAGUACCUGCCAAAAGUUAAAGUGCUGAUGAGUAAACAAGCCUUUUGUCCCUGCCCUGUGAUGCUUUUUUUUUGUUUGUUUGUUUGGGGUUUUGUUUUGGUUUCUUUUUUACUGUAUUAUCUCCAAGCGUGGCAGAGAGCAGAGCCACAUCCCCAGCUUGCUGCUGUAGGUGGUAGGUGCUGUCAGUCUAACCCUGGCUUCCACUCCCUGCCCUCCGAGCUGCUUGAAAGUGUAGUCACUCACAGAUCUCCCAUAGCCAUCACACCAAGGAGCUGGAAAAGCUGGAAUAGGAGAAUUUUUUAAAAGCCCCUAUGUCUGAAAAGGAAAUGAAGCAAUGCCAGCCUUCUGAUCUGACUGGGUAAAAGAGAAAUUAAGUAUUUAAAGCAAUGAGGUGAAUUUUUUGAACUUCUUGUUUGAGAACAGGAAGAUGUUUGCAGGUAACAGGUCUCUGUGCAGGCAUGUCCCAUUCCAUGGUUGUACAGCAAGGCAGAGGAACAGGGAGCACCAGCCAGGUAAAGGAGCACGGACCUGCUGCUGGAAGGGCUGAUGGUUGCUCAGGGCAUUGGGCAGGUGCAGGGUCUGCCCUGCUGUUAGGAAUUGUCCUCUGCAGAUGUGGACAGUCAGAAAUCCCACCAGACAGACUGGCCAAAGCCUAAGAAAUCAGUCUGUUGCUUUUGUAGGCUCUGAUCGAGCUCUGCACCUCCACAGCAGUGAGCAGGGCAGGGCAUGUGGGGAGCCAGCAGCCCCAGCAGGCCAGCCAGUGGUGCAGGGUCACACCAGCCCAGGGCAGAGGAUCACACUGGCCAGUGGUGCAGGGUCACACCAGCCCAGGGCAGAGGACAAUGCUGGCCAGUGGUGCAGGGUCACACCAGCCCAGGGCAGAGGAUCACACUGGCCAGUGGUGCAGGGUCACACCAGCCCAGGGCAGAGGACAAUGCUGGCCAGUGGCCCAGAAUCACACUGGCCCAGGGCAGAGGACAAUACUGGCCAGUGGUGCAGGAUCACACGAGCCCAGGGCUGAGGAUCACACUGGCCAGUGGCCCAGGAUCUCACUAGCCCAGGGCAGAGACCCACGCUGGCCCAUCAGGUCCUUCAGGGGCAGGUGUGAGCUCUCCUGUGGCAGGGCAGUGUGGCAGCAGAGCAGCACUCACUGCCCUGCUCUGUAGGCAUCUGUCUGUACAUACCCUCAGUGAGAUAAGAACCCUUUUUGUCAUGAUUCAGUGUAGAACUCUUUUAAAAAACCUUAUUCUAGCUUUUUCUAAAGAUUCUCCCUCCACCCCAAUGACGAUGCCAAAUGUUCAUGUAUUCUCUCCAGCUUUAAAAUGUUUACCAGUUUCUGGUAUUGUAUUUAUAUUUUGAGUUUGAUAAACAAAAAACACUGUGGAUGGAUUAUGAUCUCUAUGAACUGAUGUAAAUCCCAAAUAAUACCAAGUUCUGGAUUUACUUCAGGUUUACAGUCUUCUCAGAGACCACAGUCUAGUCCAGUGCAGACUUUUUUUCCCGUUUGAAAGAAAUCUAUUCCAGACUGCUGAAGAGAAAAAUUACACCACACAGAGGUAGAGGGGGCACUAUUUUUUUCCUACUUGAUAGAUGGGUUUUGGAAUACUGAAUACAAAUCAUGUAGUAAUAUUAUUGUAGAACUGCAAGAAAUUUAAAUGACCUUUAUAAUGUACAAACUAUUUUUAUAUUUUUUUCUUAAUGCAAAAACACAAACCGUAAUUUUUUACAUUGGAUUAAACGUAACUUUUUAACCAACUUUAUGCCUCAAAGAUUUAAAAAUUAAAAAAAAAGGCCAAACCUAACUAGUCUGUAGAGCAGCUUUGGGUUUAGUCCCUUUAUUUAGAUGGUUUUGCUUCUAGUAGGGUAGAUUUUUUAUUUCUGGUUUUAGUUUUGAAGAUCUAAACCUAUUUCUUUAUUUCUCUCCUGUAUAAAUGUAACUUCAGAAGCACUGACAGAAAGCUAUGUGCACAAACCUGACAAGUUUGCAAAGAGUCAUUUUGAAGUUUGAAUCAUUUUAACCCUUGGAGAAGUAGCAUUACCUGAUCCAAUGCCAACUAUACACUUUUGUACUGACUGCACUCAGAGGGUUAAUUACAUAGCACUAGAUCAAUAUGCAAUCUGCUCAUUUUAAAUUAUUUUAGCAAGCUUAGCCAACAGCAUGUUCUGGUGCUGAACAGAGGAACUCAGUAGACUUGCCAGACCUGACAUGGUCUCUUUAAUCAUGAUUUUCAAACAAAAGGAACAGCUUUAAAAAUGGUUGUGUCUCAGCUCAUCAUUUGUCACUGUGAGACCCUCUGCUGUAAGGUGCUGUAAGUGUCACCUCCUGGAAACACCAGAGAUGACAGACCAGCCACCACAGCCUGGUGUACCCCAUCCUGGGUGUAAGGCUGGUGCAACUCAACACCCAACUGCUAUUGUGUGGUUGGAUGACAGAUGGAACUCAGCAGCAAAGCAAAGGCAGGUAGAAAAGAAAAAUCAGAUGCAUCUAAAUAACACCAGAGGAAAUUUCAGGGCAAGUCCUGAUCAGUAUUAAACUGGCCGAGGCACCCAGACCAGCCCUUGUUCAUUUCACCCGCUUAUUUCAAGGCUCCUCUGGCCCCUCCAUGGAGUCCCUGCCUCGACCAGCAAAAGGCUCAUCUGCAUUACAGCCUCCUCUCACCAUUGUAAUUCCAACUGAUUCCUGCCAAAGCUCCUUAGUGACACCCAACACCCCCUCUCCAGGAGCCCUUGCCCGUGCCCUUGUGGCACAGCAGCAUUUUCAGAGCCCCAGAGCUGGAGCAGUCACAGCCACAGAGUUGUCUGCUCUGCUCUAUACAUACAGGCCAGACCUUACCCUGUGCUUCCAGCUGCUGCAGGAUAAACUCACAAUACCCACUUGUGAUAUACUGCAUUCAGUUUAUACUGGGGUAACUGAGAAAAUCUCAUUAUUUUUAUUCCAAAACACAGAAAAGUUACUGUUUGGCCACUCCUUUCCAAGACAAAACAGUAUGACUGACUUCUGUUCCAUGGCCCAUGGCUGAUAACCAAUGCCAAAACAAAGUUAUUAAUACCAAAAAACAUGUCUUUCAAACUGCCAUAUGAAGUGUUGCUAUUUUGUGUUAAUACUUUUUUAAUAAAAGGAAGAUUUUGCCCUGAAGUUUUUAUCUCAACAAGAAUUUUUUUUCAGUUCUUCUACAGCAGUUUUAACUCUUCCUGAAAUACAUAUUUGAAUUCCUGGAAUCAGUCUGAAUGUAGAAGUCAUGGAAGUACCACUUCAUUAAACCAAGUAAAACCACUGUAUGUAUGUAGCAGGGAUAAAUGUUUUGCAGCUGUACCUUCAUUUGUCCAAUGACUAUCCAUCAUUUGUUGUAAUUUUUUUACUUCACUGAGUUUGUAUUUUUUGGCUUUUAUGUUCAAAGUAUGUUUAUAGCUUUAUAAAUAAAGUAAUUGCCAGACUGGCUGUUCAAAAGAGGCCACUGGAAGUUAUAAUGCUAUCAAGCUCCCAAGUAACUAUUUCUUAGCAUUCAAGAGGAUA